AUGGUGCGCUCGUCUUUCACUGACCAGCAACCCUCGGAACAUGGCCGGGUCAACACCCUGGUCAUGCCCCCCGAGAAGCACAUCAGCGUCCCCAAGAACGAGCUCCGCCUCGCCCUGAAGAACCGCCUCGAGCUGACAGACCGGGAGAUGUUUGACGACCUGGUCAAACUCAUCGAGGGCGUCGCGUCGUUUGACUUUGUAGACAUCAAGCGCCGCAUGCGGGCCAACUUCCUGCCGUUCGCGUGCGGCGCGCGCGGCGAGGCGUACGUGCAGCGCGCGGGCAAGGGGGUGCCGUCGGCGUCGGAUUUGGACGCCAAGGUGUGUGGGGUGGCCUGA